AUGCGCAGUUUGUAUGAAACGCUGACGAGCGAAUGGAUCUUAGAAAAUGACUUGUCCACAAACAUUUGUCGAUUUAGUGUUAACUGUUUUGCCUACACACUUAAAGCAGUUGUAAAUUAGGGUCGGGCACGAAAAAAAACGUUUAAUUUAGUCAGUACAGAAAAAAAAAUAUAGCAAAUGCCACAUGUUAUGCUAUGGAUUGUGCCUUGAUUAUGCCUUGGUCCCUAAACCACACUUUUGCUUCCGCAGCAUAAGCUACGUAAUUUAAAGACACCACUCUGUUUGAUGCAGUUACUGUCAAAGUCAGACAUUGUGAAUCCACUACACUACAGUAUCUUCGUCAAACAAUUCAGGACUGCAGGACCUUUCAAAAAUAACAGAAACAUCAGAAUGGGAGAAAGAAUGGGUGGGUUUAAAGAUGCAUAUCAAGAUGUUCAACCAGUAACCCUUCGAAUUGCAGAAGAAAAUGUCACUUCAAGUCUCUAUUGCAGCUCAGCCGAGGGCAUUGAAGCUCAUGUGUCCACUUUAGUGGAAGCUUUCUUAGUUGAAGUGUACCGAUGUAGAGUCUGUCAAUUUACCAGCAACCAAAAAGCCAAUAUAAGCCAUCAUGUCAUGGAAAGACAUGAUCCAGUGUCCCCAUGCCCCCAUCUGCCAUGUCUGGAGAAAGAGGAUGAGGAGAGUUUGGGUGUAGGAUUGAGGGUUGUUGAUGAAGAUGAGGUCGACCAUAACAGCUCUCCAUACGACCUAGAGAGCGACCUCCAUUCUGGCUCAAAAAGCAACGAGGAUCAGAUGGACAUGGAGCGUAUGUCUUUCCUCCUCCCGAUGUACAGCAUGUUUCAAAACAUCAGCCCACGGUCAUGUGACAUUGGCCUGGGCUCCAACUCUGAUGGCAACUUGCAUGUGGCACAAACUUGUGAGGUGAGCACACUCUUUGAAGAGGGUAGGCAUGAUGUGGACAGUGAGGAGGAACCUGUGUUUCAGCUAGAGGAUACUGGCACAGAUCUGUCUGUUCCUUUGAACAGUGGAAUGGACACUGAAGUUCAGGAUGAGGAAAUGGCCCAGUCGGCUCAUCUCAUGACUCUUGGGUUGUGCAGAAUCUCAAGCACUAAGUGUCCACCUCAGUCUGAAAAUUCAACAAAAAGCCUAUCCCAUCCAGAAGGUGAGCAGGAUGCUGAAAUCCAAAAGCCGUCUGAGGAGGAGGAUGGCGGAUUGGCCUGUAUCCUCUGCCAGACAGUUGCAUCCAGUCGUAGCAUGCUAGAGGUGCAACUAAAAUGCCAUAGUGGAGACCAAGGCUUUAGAUGCCCUCGCUGCGGUUGCGAAUCAGAAGAAUGGGUUGAUAUGAAGCAACACUGGAGGGGACAUGGAAAAAGAAAAGGCUCAAAAAGGCAUAAAUGUAGUGUUUGCCCCAGGACAUUUAGGAGAGCUGAUUCUUGUGAAGCACAUGAAGAAAGGCAUAAUCAGCGGCAUCACUGUCGAUCUGAGUCUGGAGGGCUGGUGCAGUGUUCUCUGUGCCUGGAAUGGUGUCACUCAGGGAAGGAGUGGGAAAUACACCAACAAUGUCAUUUUCAAGAAGGAUUUAAAUGCUUACACUGUGAUUUCAAAGAGAAGUCAUGGAAGAAAACCCUGAAGCAUAUUCACACUCAACACAAACAGGCUGAUCAAGAAAAACAGAUUGCUCACAGUAUAGAAAACCAGCAACUUAACUCAUCCACCAAAUACCCAGAAUGCCUCAGAGGAAUGAAGCCAGAGUCAUGGUCCCAGGUUAGGAAGAAGAGGUUGAAAAACAUGGUUGCGGUAAGGGAAAAGCGCAAAGAAGGAGGAAAGGACAGAGUGGUUCACCUGAAUGGUGAGACAUCUGUUGGACUCGCUGUUUCCAGACGGAAAGAGUUCUGCUGCAACCUCUGUGACAAGAAGUUUUCUACCAAGUUGACCAUGCGGCGUCACAUGGGCAUUCAUCAAGGAGAUAAGCCAUUUAAGUGCCCACACUGCCACUACUGCACUCGUCUCAAAGCCUCACUCAAACAGCACCUCCGCGUCCACACAGGUGAGAAGCCAUACAAGUGUUCGCAGUGUUCCUAUGCUUCCAUUGACAAAAGCUCUCUGCGUCGACACUCAAGGACGCACACACAAGAAAAGCCUUACUGCUGCCAGUACUGUCCAUACAGCAGCAUCCAGAAGAAGAGCUUAGACCUCCAUUCACGGCGUCAUCACACAGGAGAGUCAUUCCCUUGUCACCUGUGCCAGUAUUCCACACCAGACCGCCAGCUGCUGGUGCGACACAUGAGGAAACAUCACAGUGCCGAACAAACCGCCGCACUGGGGCAGAGGAACAACUCUGGUUCUGGCUCCCAAACCGCACCUUCUCAAAGAGCUCGGACAUCCAAGUGAUAUUUAUGAUUUGUAAAUAAAAUGUAUUUUAUAUAUAUAUAUAUAUAUAUUUAUUUCCUUUGCCUUGUGAGUUUUCUCUUUCCAGUCAGUUAUUUUAUAAUGACAAAGCAAAGUAUUGUUUUCUUAUGCAAACAAGUAAAUCAGUAAAUUCCAUUUACCAUUGAAAUUGGAAUAUUAUGUUGAUCAGUAACUAAAGUCACAGUUUGAUACAUUUGGUGGAAUAUAGGUGACUUGACUAUAAUUUACUUUAUUUCAUUGGGUGGUUAAUUAUAGCUUAAAAUAGUAAUAAUUUAAUAAAAUAGUAAGCGAUUAAAGGGUUGACCAAUGCCAUGAUACAGCAAGUGUAAUACUGCGCCUAAAACUACAAGCAAAUCCCACUACCAAUCCAAUAGAAACUGGAUUAUCCCACCUGUUGCUCAGUGCACUAUCAGCCAAAUUUUACGUUAACAGAAGACUACUAAGCUUUAGGCGUUUUUAAAUGUUUGUUUUAAUUAAGGGAUAGAUUUAGGGAUAGAUACAUUUGUAACAUUUACUUUGUGUAAAAGUAGUUUACUUUUAAUUACCUUUUUUUUUCACCAUCACCUCGAGCUCAACUCUUUGCAUUAUGCAAACGAACAGCGCCACUACGCGGCGGCAACCAAUGAGAUUGACGUUAGUGACCUGCCGCUUGAUACAAUUGGAUACUGCGACAGAAAAUGUACGCCCACUAACACCCGACAGAAAUAACAGCCUCGAUGACCUUUAACGGUUUUAGUCGGUGUGUGAACUUGAGAAAUUCAUGAUUUUGGAUGGGAAUUCACAGUGACUGCACACAAAUAGGGCGUUUAGAGCUCACAAUCUGCAGGCGAAGAGGAAAGCGGAGGAGUUUGUAGUUUGUACAACUUGUGUCAUAAGAUUUGUGUAUCCCACGAUUUGCUUUCUAGUUCUAGUUUUCUUUUGAUUUUGAAGCGGAUGAAUCUUCUCUUUACUUGUUUCUUUUUAUCAAAUUUAAUUUAGAGGUUUUUAUUUAAUGUGUUUAUGACACUAAUCAGUUAUGGCAGGUGUUGAUACGGAUUUCUUGCCUCACCUGAGGGUAAAUGACUGCUGGGUCGUCGGGCUCGACCGCUUCGCUGUUGGUCCUGCUGGAGAAGAAGACGAGUUUUUCGAGAUUAGGACUGAAUGGUCUGAAAAAAGCAUAACAUAUCUGCGAAGGCGAUAUCACGAUUUAGUGAAACUUGUUAAGAAUUUGAGCAAAUCAUUUCCAGACGACAGAGGACGUUUGUUGAUGCUUGAUGGUAUGACAUUUAACAGUUAUGUGCAUUUAUGACAUUUGAAAUAAGUGGCCAUUUAAUUGAUUGGAGACUUGUGUUCAUGUUAUUUUUCAGCACUACAGAGGAUAAAGGAAGCAGAAGAAAAUAAUAAUGUUGAAACCAGGUUG